GAGUGGGAGGGAGAGUCAGGUCUGAACAACUUGUCCACGAUGCCAUUCCUGUGCCAGCUGUAGCACGAACGUCUGCUGAUUUGUGGCUUUGUGUCUGAAUGCGAACUACACUUUGGUCUGCUCCUCAUCUGGGGACCCAUCCAAACGCUGACCAGAGAGGACAAAGCAGCCAGCCUACAUCCUGGAGGGAAAGGCCCCAGUCGAGCUCAGCAGAGGGGAUGGAGGAGGCUCAGAGGCCAGAUCCCUCAGCCCUGCUUCUCUGCCUCUGACCCAGAUGGAGAGUUUGGGAGCCUGGCAGAGUGAGAGCUUGUUGGCAGAGUCCUGGUCUACGAUGGGUGACGUAGACCCAGAGGAUGCCAAGAGCCUGGACAGCAGUGACGGAGCAGCAUUAACCGGGGAGGAGAAUCAUUCCUCCAAUUCUGAUAUUGUCCAUCUGGAGCGAGACGAGGUAGAGAUGCUCGAAGAGGGGGAGGAGAGACAAAAAAGAAAAGGAGAGGAGGAGGACGACGAGGAGGAGCUGCAGGCUAGUGUGCUGGGUGAGGAGGAGGGGUCUGAACUCCAGGCUCCAGAGACUGUGGAGCUCUUGGUGUCGGCAGAGGAGCCUCGAACGAGUCGGGAGUUCAGGCAUGUGGUCCCCCCAAUGGCCCUCCCUCCUCUACCCAUCGUCAAGCUGGAUCCUCCCUCCACCACAUCCACCCCGGUUCCAUCAACCACAGCCUCUGAAGCAGAGGAGCCUUUUUCCAUUCAAAGUCUCCAUCCUCCUUCCAUUUUGGCACCCAUCCUUCCAGAGCCUUCAGAAACGAAUCCACAAGAACCAACAUUUUCACAGAUUCCCUUCACGGAUGUGGAAGAACAUUUACUUAAAGAAAAGCCACAGCAGAAAGUAGAGCCAAUGACUCCUAAGACUAAAGCCCUGAGCUCCUUUGAGCUGCUGUUGGGAGGCGCUGCUUUGGUGGCUGCUGUGGGAGUGCUGGCGUAUGGCGCUUUAGCUUACUGCAAGAAGUAAUAAACACCUCAUUUGAAUCUCAAAACAACUCAUAAUAUCAUCUAUUUCAACAAUUUCCAAGUAAUUUAUUCCAGUUAACCCUCUGGAUUCUGUUUUAAUUUGAUUGAAACGUGUGCUACCUCAGAUCCAAGCAGAGCUAACGGCCUUUACUUAACUGAUCUUCAAUAAACUUUAGCCAGUAAACUGCAAAAAACAUAAUGUAAAAAAUACAGUUACACUAUAUAAAUGUGUCUUUGAUUAUUUCAAUAACAUGCAAUAAAAGUUUUACUCUGCAAUCCACUGAAAAUGUCCAACAAACCAGUGGAACAUUUAAAUCAGAACUAAUGCCACAGGGAUUUCCUUGUAGCGCUUCUGCUUUACCACACAUUUGAUUAAUAUUUUCAUAAUCUAUUUUAUGUAAAGAAAGGUUUUGAAUGUAGAUUGGAACUUGGUAACCCAUUUAGCACUGGUUCAUUUCAUUUUUUUUUUUUGUUAACCAGAUUUUCAUUUUACUUUUUACAUUCAGGUUUCUUUGACUUUUUAGUGCCUUGAGUAUAAAACAGUUAAAAGAAAAUAUAUGGUACAGUAGCAUCCAACAAUGUUGGAACUUCUGAUUCAUAUUUUUAUGUUAUGCAACACAUUCUUAUGCAUUUCAAGACAAUUGACUUAAAAUAUAAUUUUGGGCUUUUUCUGCGAGUGUGUGUGUUUUUAGGACUACAAACGGCAUAAAUGUUUGUGCACCACCGAUCUGUGAGUCUUCCAUUUAUCUCAUUCCCUGUGAUUGUUCUAAUCAUGGUGGAAAAAGACCACUAGAUAACAAUCAGCAACUUCAAAGAUGCUUUGUUUAAAAAGACGCUUUUAAACAAACCUAAAAAUGUUGCAUUUGGUAAAGAAGUCUGCAUAAUCUGGUUCAUGUUUAUCAGAAGUUGCUCGGUUGAUUAAAUAAUUUUUCCUGCAGAAUCUGAUCACCCACUCUCAAAAAUUCCACUUUUGUAGCACAAGAACGAUUUUACAUUUUAAGGAUGUCAUAAAAUUAUGUGAGAAAA